GAGAUGUAGUCUCCCUGCCGGAAGUGGAGCCGCUGGACCGCUCCCGAGCUUCCGCUCCUCCCUUCCUCGCUCGCCCAUUGGCGGGGCGGGCCGCGCGCGACGCUGAUUGGCGGCCGCUCCGAGGCGCCCCAGUUUGAACACGGCAACAGCGGCGGCAGAGGGUCGCCCGCGGCGGGUGGGCAGGACUCAGCUUCUUGCCAUGGCUCCGAGGAAGAAAACCACACGGGGCGCCAGUAAGAAUUCCGUGAAAAGCAAAAAGGUGGAUGCGUUCCUGAAGGAUUUUGACCGGGAAGUCAAUACACGCAUUGACCAAGCAAGGGUAGACGGUGAGAACCUCCUGAAGGAAAUCGAAAACUUGUACGACAUGGAAAUCUUCCGCCUUCCCAUGGCUGUGAGGGAGAUGAACUGGCUCAGCUAUUUGGCUGCAGGAGGAAGUGAGCAGGCCCUGCAGAAAGUUGCCUCGGCAGAUUCAGACAUACUGGAAAUCACCAAACUAGCAUCUGAAGCUAUUCAGACUCCUGUCAAAACCACGAGGAAAGCUGCCAAAGUCAAACAGGCCAUUGAAACCAUAGAUGAAGAGGUGGGCUCAUCUGUCCUGCCUGCAGGCAAGAGGUCCCGGCAGGAGGGCAAGGCUGCUGGAGUGCCAGAACCGGAGACUCUUUGUCAGAAACUGGGGAAGGCAAAGACAUCAGCCCGGAAGCCCCCAGCGUCAAAGAGGUCCCGGCCUCCCUCGGCCAGGCACCCUUGCUCCAGUAAAAGGCCAAGCAAAAUGAACUUUGUUACGCCGAUCAGCCAGGCAGCCCACAGUGUAGCCCUAACGGGUGCACCCACACCAAAGUUUGAUGCCAGCAUUUUCAAAACUCCAGGUCUGCGGCAGCCUGCAGCGCAUGAGCAGGUCUUCAGCAUCUCUGCAAACGGCAGUCCUCUAGCAGACAACAGUGACAUCUUCCUCACACUCCCGCUCAGCCAAGGGGAGUGUAUCCGGGUCCGAGCCAGCGAGCUCUCCAAGAGGGACCUGAUGCGCUUGAAUUCGGAGGCUCUUGGGAGGGUGAAGAAACUGUCAACUCAGCUGGUGCAUCUCUGUAACACCGUGAGGAGCCACAAGUGAACGCAGAGAGCAGCUGCAAAGCAUGAAACACUUGAAAUCUGAAUUCCAACUCCUCUCUGAGGCAGGCUUGGAACGUCUUGCUGAGGGACUUAACUAAAGAGAUUGAAACCUGGGUCUCCUGCAGCUUUCUAAAAAAGGUUCUUAAAGCCAGCUGUGGGUUGCCUCUGCUGCUCCAUUUUUAGGAUAUCCACCUCUCUCUCCUUUGGCCCAGAGGCACCUUCAGGCGGGCCUAAGAGACGUGCUGACCUCGGCCUAAGUCACCCUCCAGGAGCCCAAACUGCAGCUAGAGUUAUCUUUACAUGUAGCUUUUCCGAAGGGGGAACGCAAAGCGCUUUUCAGUCUGGCCCACUCGGCCUUUGUGUGUUUCUACCAGGCAUGUAUAUAUCGCGGUUUCCUGAGUUGCUGCAGGGGAGGGGGAGGAGUCCUUGUCUUUUGCAGGGGAGUUUUGAUGAUGGAUAGGCAGAGUGUGGUUUUCAUGGCGGAGAGGAAGGGAACGGAGUCUUCCUCCUCCUUCCAGCUACUGGCCGCUCUGAUGAGUGGUGCGUGGGGCUGGUGGGGACACGCUGCCUGCCUCUCUCUCCCAUAGGGGUGAGGAACAGAGGCGGACUGGCAAAGUCCCUCUUAAGUCCCCAGAUCACUGCUCCUCGGGGCUUCUCUGAGUCUAAGGAGCUAGCACUGCCACAGGCUUCUGCCUACUGCCAGAUCUGGUGGGGGUGAGGGGAGUGUUUGUUUUCUUACUCGGCACAGGAGAGUUCCUCAGCAGAGGCCGCCCUCAUUCCAUGAUGGGGCUGGAGGGAGCCUGCUGGACAGAAGCUUCCCCAAAUAAUAAAACUGGCUCCUGGGGUGCUCUGGCUGUCCUGUCCCUCUGCGUGCCGUUUUGCUCUGUUCUCCUCAUGAAAGAGAGCCCCUUUGUGCAGUCUGCAGUGUUUCCUGUUCGUGUCCAGCCUCUGGUUUCUAGAGGGACCUGCCAGCUUUCCUCUGGACCCUCCCCCUCCUUUUAAUGUUUCUGUUCUCAUGUAUAUAAUUUUUUGACUUUGAGAUGUUUACUUUCACUGGCUCUUAGCUGCUUCAGUCGUUUAAAAACUGUCUAAUGCUUAUGGGCUAAAUAAAGUUUUCCUGCUUUGUUCAAA